CUUCUCUCGCUCCCCGAGUCCUCCGGCCGCCGCCUGCGCGCCUCAGUCUGGCCCCCUGCCCAGCGAAAAUGGCUGCCGUACGCCGGGCCCGCAAUUACUGCCGCUGCCUGGUGCGCUUCUCCGACCGAGAACUCUGCUAAGCCCCUCUGCAGCAAACAGGCAGGAGUAGACACCCGGACACCCAAUACCCCUCACCAGAGGGGGCGGUGUAGAGGGGGCGCGGAGAGCCCCUCGACCGCGGGCGACCGCCCCGCCAGCAUGGCAGAAGCUGAGGAAGACUGUCACUCUGAGUCUGUCAGAGCAGAAGAUGAUGAAAAGGAAAGCCCAGCUGAAACAGAUCUGCAGGCGCAACUCCAGAUGUUCCGAGCUCAGUGGAUGUUUGAGCUUGCCCCCGGCGUAGGCUCUAGCAGUUUAGAAACUCGACCUUGCAGAGGCUCAGCAAGAGGCUCUUUACUGAAAGCAGAUACCAAAGGAAAGCAAGAACUGGCAAAAGAGGAAAAGGCUCGAGAACUCUUCCUAAAAGCAGUAGAAGAAGAACAAAAUGGAGCUCUCUAUGAAGCCAUCAAGUUUUAUCGUAGGGCUAUGCAACUUGUACCUGAUAUAGAAUUCAAGAUUACUUAUACCCGGUCUCCAGAUGGUGAUGGCGUUGGAAACAGCUACAUUGAAGAUAAUGAUGAUAGCAAGAUGGCAGAUCUUUUGUCCUACUUCCAGCAGCAACUCACAUUUCAGGAGUCUGUGCUCAAACUAUGUCAGCCUGAACUUGAGAGCGGUCAGACUCACAUAUCAGUGCUGCCGAUGGAGGUCCUCAUGUAUAUCUUCCGAUGGGUGGUGUCUAGUGACUUAGACCUCAGAUCAUUAGAGCAGUUGUCACUGGUGUGCAGAGGAUUCUAUAUCUGUGCCAGAGACCCUGAAAUAUGGCGUUUGGCCUGCUUGAAAGUUUGGGGCAGAGGCUGUAUUAAACUCGUUCCGUACACAUCCUGGAGAGAGAUGUUUUUAGAAAGGCCUCGUGUUCGAUUCGAUGGUGUGUAUAUCAGCAAAACGACAUACAUUCGCCAAGGAGAACAGUCUCUUGAUGGUUUCUAUAGAGCCUGGCACCAAGUGGAAUAUUACAGGUAUAUAAGAUUCUUUCCUGAUGGCCAUGUGAUGAUGUUAACAACCCCUGAGGAGCCCCAGUCUAUUGUUCCUCGUUUAAGAACUAAGAAUACCAGAACUGAUGCAAUUCUGCUGGGCCAUUAUCGCUUGUCACAAGAUACAGACAAUCAGACCAAAGUAUUUGCUGUGAUAACUAAGAAAAAAGAAGAAAAACCACUUGACUACAAAUACAGGUAUUUUCGUCGUGUCCCUGUACAAGAAGCAGAUCAGAGUUUUCAUGUGGGCCUGCAGCUGUGUUCCAGCAGCCACCAGAGGUUCAACAAACUUAUCUGGAUGCAUCAUUCUUGUCACAUUACCUACAAAUCAACGGGUGAGACUGCAGUCACUGCUUUUGAGAUUGACAAGAUGUACACCCCCUUGUUCUUCGCCAGAGUGAGGAGCUAUACCGCGUUCUCAGAAAGGCCUCUGUAGAGCUUCGCUUCCAGUCCUCUGUUACUGUUGCAUGAAUAAAAGUACAUAGAGCAAAAGCACCUAAGUUAUAAAUGUACAGAUAUAUGUAUAUAUAUGGAGUUGGAACUUAUUUUAAAUUGUUGGGGUUCUUUUAAGAAGAGUCUAAAUUGAUUAUUUUUUUUAUUUAAAGGGAUAGUUAAUUCUUGGGGUGUUUUGUUUUAAAAUUAAGAUUAUAAGUUGUUUAAGUACAUUUAUGUUGGGAAAACCUUAAUAUGAGGUGUAAAUCAUGCCCUUUUUCAAGCAGAUUUAUGAGCAGACUUCUAUCGAGUAAGUCUUCUACCUGACUGUCCUAAUAUUUAAACACAUCAGGGAAAAGCUCCACUGGAUAAACAUUUAUCUCACGCAUGACACUGCACUCAAGGCUCAAAAUGUGAAAACCUGCUCUGCAUUGGUUUGAAACUGUUUGACCAAUAAAAAUCAUAAAUAAA